AUGAAGCUAGUCAUCAAUAUUAUCGUGUUUUUCUCAUUAAUCCCCAUAAUCAAUGCGGAAGCAAAUUGUACAAUUCAUAAUCCAUGUGGUUCGAGAGGCUAUUGUAGUGAAUCUGGUGAUAAUUAUACUUGUCAAUGUAAAUAUUGGUUAGAAGGCCAAUUUUGUGAUCGACAAUCGAAUAGUGGAAAAGAAGUGAUUAUACUUGGUUCGUUGACUGGACUGCUCAUCGUUGUGUAUUAUGGAUUAAGAAUCGGUCGAAAAAUUUAUCUCAAACGUAAAGCCCCAAAACAAGAGAAAGUCAAGAAAAUCUCGACGGAACCCAAACUUAAAGAAAUCUUCGUUAUCUAUGUGAAAAAAACAUUUCCUUCAAAAGAUAUUAUUGUUGCUAUUCUAGUCAUUCUCGUUGCAGUAGCAACUCUUCUUAUCCGAUGGAGUUUAGUCAAAAAUAUUCACAAUGAGGUGAUCACUAGAUUUCAACAAGAAGGAUUAGCUUACUUUAACGAUGCAUCCGUGUGUGACCUUUUCAAUAUGGAAUACGUGAAUGUCAUCACAAUUCCUGUUGCUGUGUUGGUGAUUAUUAUAUGUACGGUUAUGAAUCAACGAGCAUCGUUCAAGCGCGACAAAUGUAAAGGAUACGGAGCACCACCAAUGCCAUUAGAUUUCUUCUCGCACAUCGAUCGCAAGUUUGCAAUGGUUAUCUUCGCUCUUAUUUCCAAUGAUCUGUUAGAAAUUCUCAAUGGUGAUAGUAAUACAAAGAAACUUGGCGCAGGUGUACUCGUAAAGUUUCUACUACGUGUCUUCAAAGUUUUAUUGAUGGGCUUUCGUUUCUAUCCAGUCUUGGCUAGUGUCUAUAUUGAUUCCAUAGUGACCUUAACAGCUGCGACACUUUACUUUUGGCUUCAUCAUGCGAUAGCGAUUGUCGAAACUGGAAAGUGUAACUUGAUAUUCUAUGGCAAUCGUGAAGAUUUCGAAGCUAAUAUAGAUGGAACAAAAACUUUUCUCAAAUAUUUUGGUACUGGAUCCUCGCUAAUAGCAAUGGAAAUUUGCACCAGUAUCCCUCAAGCUUUGUGCUUAGCUUAUAUAACUGUGAAACUUCCGUUAAUGUUAAUUGAAAAGAUUCGUGUUUAUCGCAAAGGACAUAUGUCAACUGAGACGAAAGUGUGCGAGUUGUUGCGGAGAGAAGAAAGUAAUUUCUUACGUAUAUCUCAUGAAGAUUCGGUUGAAAUGCUCUAUGUACGCAAUUUAUUCCGCUCAUCGAGCGAACGGCCACGAACACGAACGUUAUUUGGUCGAUUAAUACCUAAACGCAUUUACGAAUGGCGAGAUGAUUUUCGACAUUCCUCCCGAGUUUUAUGCAUAUAUUCAUCCAUCUUUCUUCUACUCUUCUUCGUAACCAUCCGAUUUAGUGUCAAAAUCAUUCCUAAGCUCGAUACACUUCAAAGUAGUAUCCAGAAUUUCCUCAAUACAUUGUUAGGCUCGGGUGAAGCAUUAGGAGACGAAGCAGCAGAAGAUACUCCACCUCCAGUUAAGUUGUCGAUAAUCUUGCCAGAUCUAGUUCACACGUAUAGUUUUGCCGCUUCAUUGACGUUAACGAUUCUAAUUAUUCAAUUGAUAGUGUUAUUAGCAAAUAUUCGUCGAAAUCUCUUACAAGCAUUUCGUGGCGAUGAUAGUGAAAUUCCGCGAAGACAACGAGCAAAUUAUCUGUCGUAUGCACUUGGUAAUUUUCAUUUUGCUGGUUAUUUCAUCGGUUUUUUGGUCUGGGGUUUUGCUAUCAUUGCUGUGUUUUCAACUAUUAUCAGUGCACUGAUUGGUACAUUACUAACCAUCGAUUCAGCUAUGGUCAUGGAGAUGAUUAUUACAGCCGUUACCCCUGGUUUAUUGAUAUUUUUGUUCAAAAAAUAUCUCAAUUUAUUUCUUGCACAAUAUGUUUUCUUACAAGACUUUGGCGAUGUGUUAGCAUUGGACAACCGUCGAUAUCUGAUGAUAUUUCUCUAUUUCAACUUCUUUCUCGAUGCAUUUCUCGGUCUGGUUUCAUCAAUUCUCCGUUUAAUAAUCAGCGUCGUCGGUGGAAUUAUCUAUAUGUGUCGAUUGGAUUACUCAACAUUGGGCCGUAAAUUAGAGUUCUUGGAUGGUGGUUUUAACGCAUAUUGUGGUUUUAUUCAUACGGAAUGUACACAUCGACAUCCGAUUAUGUUAGUGUUUGUUUCUCAUUUGUAUAGUGCAGUAAAAAAGAAAGAAUAUGUAGCGAUGCAUAGCGAUUCGGAUAUUCUUCCAAUUGAAGAAAAAGCCGUGCAACUGAGAAAAUCAUCACGAUAUAUUCGUAAAUGGAGAUUAGCUGCUUAUCUUGUUCGAAAUCCUGCCAUUGUGUUCUUUCGCAAAUCCUUUCUGAAAAAUUUAACUCUCGACGAUCUUCGAGCGAUCAACGAUCGUGACAAUGAUGAACAUAUCGAUACACAUCGACACGCAAUGUUCUACACACGACAAAUGGCUGCUCAAAGACCAAGCUUCGUCGAGGAUAUCGAUCCAAAACAAAUAGUGAUUCAACGGUUCUAA